AUUAUCUUUCCCGCUCUCUGUUUCAUGUGAAUCAAAAUGAUUCAAAAUUCUGCGUUUCCUUCCCCCCAACCAAUCAAGGUUCUUCUUCUUAACGUCCUCAAUACUAUUCUAUUCCCUUUGUGAUUUUUUUUUUUUUUUUGGUUCUUCCCGAUUUGCAUUAGGGUAACUUUGAUUUGAUUUAUAGUUUAGUUUCCAUUUUCCUCUGUUUUUUCUUUCACUGGUCAGGGCUUAAAUCUGAUUCGUGGCUGAGCCUGAAUCAAUCUCUGUUAAUGUAAUGCAGAGUGGUAUGAAGUAAUGAGCAGCAAACAACGCAAUAUUGAUAGUAUUCAGUCCAGGAAAGCGACUUUGUGUCCUCAAAAUGAGAAGAAGAUGGAAAUGCUGGAAAGAGAGUCACUUUCUGCGAAGAAACUCACGAGGCGUCGAUCAGCCAAAGAGAGAAAGUUGGCCUUAUUACAAGAUGUUGAUAAACUGAAGAAGAAAUUGAGACACGAAGAAAAUGUUCAUAGAGCUUUGGAAAGGGCUUUCAAUAGGCCACUGGGAGCAUUGCCCCGUCUUCCUCCUUAUCUUCCCCAAUGCAUGCUAGAACUUCUGGCCGAAGUGGCUGUUUUGGAAGAGGAAGUGGUGUUUCUUGAAGAACUGGUGGUGAAUUUCAGGAAAGGUCUUUACGAGGAAGCUGUUUCCACUUCCUCGAGAAACAAUGACACGAAUUCAGCACGUCCAAUUCAGAUUUUGAAUACCAGAAGAAGACAGCAUUCUAGAAAUUCUUCCAGUGCUGAAGUUAAUUCUGCAUCUUCUGUGGCUACAUCAUUGCCUGCUCCUUGUCUCACAAGAAGUUCUUCUUCCAGAAAAGCCGUAUCAUCCGUUGCAGAUGGCCCGAGGUAUAAUCAUGAUAGGCCAGCUCGUUCAGAAGAAAAUGUGAAGAAGUCGAAUCCUUCAGCAAAAGAAAUGCUUGGAAAAGAAAACCAAUCAUGGCCUAAUGCAACCAAGGUCAAAUCACCUCCAGUAACUAAUGUACUUCCCGCAGCAAAAUUACUCUAUCCAAUCAAGAUGGAACAAAUGAGCAAAAGUGCCGAUUCCUUUAAACUGCAGAGCAGAGUUCAAGAACAGGCACAAGAAAGUUCUUCGGGUUCUUCAGAUGACAGAAUGUUGGAAGCUGAAAGCGAAGCCAACCGGACUUCCCAGGAUAUCUUGAAGUGCUUGUGUACCAUAUUUUUAAGGUUGAGCACGUCAAAAGGGAAGACAAUGGAUGCAGAAUCCUUCACAUGUCUUACGGCAGCGAAUUUUAGAGAGAACGCGGAGGGCAUAGACUUUCGAGAUCCUUAUCUUACCAAUUCACAUGGUAAGAUUAGAGAUAUCGGUCCUUACAAAAAGUUUCAUGUUGUUGAAGGAAGCUUCAUUGAUCUUAGCCGAAGAGCAAAUGCAUUGUUCCUGAUUCGUAGGCUCAAGCUUCUGCUUAGCAAGUUAGCCUCAAUCACAGUAGAGGGACUCACUCACCACCAGAAGCUUGCUUUCUGGAUAAAUACUUACAAUUCCUGCAUGAUGAAUGCAUAUUUAGAGCAUGGAAUUCCUGAUACUCCUGAGAGAGUUGUAGACCUCAUGCAAAAGGCAACAAUAAAGGUUGGCGGACAUACACUAAACUCAAUUACCAUUGAGCAUUUUAUCCUCAGGUUACCGUAUCAUUUAGAACAUACUUGUCCAAAAUCUGGCAAAGGCAAGGAUAUGAAGGCUCACAGUCUUUUCGGUUUAGACUGGUCUGAGCCACUGGUCACAUUUGCACUUUCAUGCGGAAGUUGGUCCUCCCCUGCUGUAAGAGUAUACACAGCAGCACAAAUUGAGAUGGAGUUGGAAGGCGCAAAGAAGGAAUAUCUGCAAGCAGCAGUAGGCAUUUCGCGAUCAAAGAAGCUGAUAAUACCAAAAUUGUUGGAUUGGUAUCUUCUUGACUUUGCCAAAGACGUAGAUGGAUUACUAGAUUGGGUCUGUCUGCAGCUUCCACAUCAACUCAGAAAUGAAGCAUUGGAGUGCCUGGAAAGAAGAGACCCUCUUUCGCAAAAUCUUGAAAUAAUGGCUUAUAAUUUCAGUUUCAGGUACCUCAUACACCGUUGA